AUGAAGAGGUCAAUCAAGGUCUGUCAUUCCAAAAUGCAUGGAUUUCCACUGGCAGAGGAUAUACGCCAUUACGAACUGAGAUCGGAUUGCAAUGUUCUCUCGACACUGGGGCCUUCGUCACUCCCAGAGUCAUCUCUAAGAGUCGAGUUUUUUCUCACUCCUAAGAGCGUCUUCAUCAACGACUCUUUUAACAUGAUUGAUGUCUACUCUGUGUACAAGGACGGAGAAUUGUUCUUCAAUCAGAAACCGAUUCCAUGGGACUCUGACGCACAGGUAUCCUGGAAGGAGUACAGGAGAAAGCUGGUUGCCUAUGUUUCAAAGAUGCUUUCCAAUGCAAUAGAGCACACAGAGGGAUUGAACGAUCGUUACGUAUUCUAUGCAAAGUACAACCUUCUAAAUCGUAUUGACUUGAAGCAGUGUAGAAAAGAGCUACAGAAGCUCUCCAAGGAGUUCGAGCUCAUGAGGAGGAUAGAAGGAUUGCAGAUGUCCACAUUGAAAGCAGCUGGAUGUUAUCUUGUCAGUGAAGCAUUCAACGUGCUUCUAUCGUACAAAGGAAAUCCAGAGCUAGGAAUCAGGUUUAUCCUUGAAGUAAUGGAUGUGCUGCCAUUUUUUACUAUCGUGAGGAUGGCCAAGAGCAUUGCAAAAGCAAGGAGAUAUCAGGCCAUACUACUGUACCAUAGGGUGUAUCUAAAGUCCUUAGAGAAGAGAAAAUACAGAACUGCAUUUUUGUUUGCUGUAAGUGCGGCAAGGCUUCUCAAGCAGGGAGUAAACAUAGGACUUGAGGAAACAAUAAAACUAGAAGCAUCCAGGUGUGUAAAAGAAAGAAAUUGGAGAAUAGUACUCAGGGACGUGAUGAACAAAAUAGAAAUGUCUGACACACUCAAGUAUGGAGCAAAUCCAUACAGAUUGCAUGAUGCUGACGAAGAUGAGUUUACUGUUGAGUCUGUAAUGCUGGGCGAAUCCAGUCUUGCCAAGCGCUCCGGAGAUACUGUACUGUUCAAUCGAGAGAAUGCAAAGGUGUAUUUUACAGAUCGCUUUAGAAUCAAGAUCACAUUCUCUAGAAUAUCGCAUGCCUAUCUCCACGGAAUAUUGGGGAGUACUGUAAACACAUCCAGGAUAUUCAUACCCAUAUAUAAGGCCUUACAUGAAACCUCGGCAACUGUCAACGUGUUUUUCAAUUUCUCCCAACUAUCGACUGGAAACGAAGCUGAUGAAGUUGAAGUGAGGCUGGAGGAGCUGAUAUUCUCUGGGAAGACUAUUGUGCCCGUUGACCUGACGGUCACUUGGGUUCGGAGAAAGAGCACCGUAUAUGUCAAGGAUGUUGUCCGCAAUGAUGAAGAAGGAAGAGUUGCUUUUUUGCUUGCACUGUCUAAUUUAAAAGGGUUUGAAUCCAGUGUGCUUGGCCCGGAAGUCAUAGAAAGGAAAGAAUACGAAGUUAUUGUUUCGCCGCGCCUUCCCCAAGUAUCCAAAGUAUGCUUACAUCAUGAGAUUUGUGAAAAUAUAUUUGAGACAUUCGAACUCACCUAUUAG